AUGGCUGAGAGGCAGUUGAUCUCUCGCAAUAGUAUUUUUUGGAUCAUCUCGCUGAUAGUCUCGCUUCUAUGUGGUGUUGACAUAGGAUGGCGUCUUGGCCACUCUCAACAGCAGCAGCCUUUGGGCACGACAAAUAUAACACUAGGUGAAGCUUUGAACGUCUUCACCUAUAACCGGACAUUUGCUGAGGUGCCAUCAAACGACUCCAACGGCGCAUGGGAAACAUUAUUUCCUGAUCGAGGCGGAUUUUUCAAGCAUCCUCAGCUUGCGCCAGAUCGCUCAGGGCUGGCUGUCUUUCACCAGCUGCAUUGCCUGGACAAUAUCCGAAGAGGUUACUGGGCAGCCGUACAUGGCGAGGAGGAUCACCACGUCGGCCCAGCUCAUGUCCGGCACUGCAUCGACUAUUUGCGCCAGUCGCUCAUGUGUCAUGCAGAUGUUAAUAUUGAGCCUGUCGUCGAAGAUUUACAUGGAGUUCGUGGCUUUGGCGUGGAGCACCGAUGUCGUGACUUUGGCCGUGUCAAGGAUUGGAUUGCCGAAUGGGAGGAUGGAAUAUUGCAAUGA